AUGGCUCCCGCUAACCUGCCGUCCAUUUUCAAUGCCACCAGCCAGGACAUCGAGAUGCUCCUGGCGGCCCAGUGCCACCUGGGUUCUAAGAACCUCCAGGUGCACAUGGAGUCCUACCUGUGGAAGACCCGUGUCGAUGGUGUGAACGUCCUCAACGUUGGCAAGACCUGGGAGAAGAUUGUCCUCGCUGCCCGUAUCAUCGCCGCCAUCGAGAACCCCGCCGACAUUUGCGUCAUCUCUGCCCGUCCCUACGGUCAGCGUGCCGUCCUCAAGUUCGCCAGCCACACUGGUGCCUCCCCCAUCGCUGGACGCUUCACCCCCGGUAGCUUCACCAACUACAUCACCCGCUCUUUCAAGGAGCCCCGCCUGAUCAUCGUCACCGACCCUCGCACCGACGCCCAGGCUAUCAAGGAGGCCAGCUACGUCAACAUCCCCGUCAUUGCCCUCUGCGACACCGACUCCCCCACCGAGUACGUCGACGUUGCCAUCCCUACCAACAACAAGGGUCGCCACGCCAUUGGUACCGUCUGGUGGCUCCUUGCCCGUGAGGUCCUCCGCCUCCGUGGCACUAUCUUCAACCGCGAGACCCCCUGGGACGUCAUGGUUGAUCUGUACUUCUACCGCGAUCCUGAGGCCGAGGCCGAGGAGAAGGUUGAGGAGGAGAAGCUCGUCACCGGCGCUGAGGAGGAGGCUCCCGUUGCCGUCGAGUCCGCCUUCCCCGCCGCUGGUGCUGGUGACUGGGACGCUCCCGCUCCCGGCUUCGCUGGUGCCACCACCACCGCCGCCGCCGGCUGGGACGGUGCCGGUGCCGCCCCUACUCAGGACUGGGCCGCCUCUGGCACUCAGGAGUGGGCCACCGAGACCGCCAAGGAGAGCCAGUGGUAG